CACGCACCGCAUACGACAGAAACCGCGCAGCAACAGACCGCGCGUCGCAAUGCCGCUUCCGAAGCGCCAGGCCAUUCCCAAGGCCGCCAAGGGCCCGAGCGACAGCAGAUUCGCUGCAUUCGAGACCGACCCCAAGUUCCGCCUCCCCUCCAAGAAGCACGCGAAGACGAAGCUCGACCCUCGAUUCUCGCGGCUACGCACCGAUUCCGACUUCUACAACAAGGCCUCUGUCGACAAGUAUGGACGUCCGGUAUCCCACGAUGCAGGCAAGAAGGACUUGGAGCGCAUGUUUGAGUUGGGCUCAGAUGAGGGGAGCGGCAGUGAGCUCGAUGCGCCCGAAGACAAGAAGAGAGACAAGCACGUCAUGCGCGAGCUGGCGAGGGUACAGCAGAAAGGCUUCGAUCCGAUCCGCGAUGGGGGCCUGGAGUCGUCUUCGGACGAGAGCGAUAGCGACGACGACGAAGAGGCCGACGUGGAAGACCAGACGGUAUUGGCAGGCCAGGGCAACGAGGUGCCCAUGGGAGACGUCACCGCGAGGCUAGCCGCCGUGAACCUGGAUUGGGACAACAUCCGGGCAACAGACAUCAUGGCUGUCGCCAGCUCCUUCGUUCCUGCCGACGGCCGCAUUCUCAACGUCACCAUAUACCCCAGCGAAUUUGGCUUGGAGCGAAUGCAGCGCGAGGAGAUCGAAGGCCCACCCAAAGAAAUCUUCAGUGCAGCUGUGAAGGACCGGGAACAAAAUAUAGAAACAGUGGACCACCUGGAAGGGUCCGACUCGGAAGAUGAAGAACAGAAGAAGAACGAUGCUCUGAAUGAAGCCGAUGCCGAAGACUUUGACUCCAAGGCGCUGCGAACCUACCAGCUCGAUCGUCUCCGCUAUUACUACGCCUUAAUCUCGUGUUCGUCACCUCAUGUUGCCAAAGCUAUCUACGACAACUUGGACGGCCGCGAGUACCUUUCCAGUGCCAACUUUUUCGACCUGCGAUUCGUUCCCGAGGAAGUCGAAUUCGAUGCUGAGCCGCACGAGGAGUGCGAGAAGCUGCCAAACGGAUACAAGCCCAACGAAUUCGUCACUGAUGCCCUUUCGCACUCGAAAGUCAAACUCACCUGGGACGCAGACGACACGACAAGAAAGGAAGUGCAAAAGCGAGCUUUCUCAAGGAAAGAGAUUGACGAGAACGAACUUCAGGCAUAUCUUGGAACUGACUCUUCGUCAUCCGAAGACGAGGCUGAAGUUGAUAAAGCCGGAAAAGCUGCUAGUUUACGUGCAGCUCUCGGCCUAGACGCAACAAGCAAAUCGUCACAGCCAAAGUCCAAGUCUUCGUCCAAGAAAGACCGAGAUAUGAAGAAGCCGAACGCAGAGAUGGAGGUCACAUUUACAUCCGGUUUUGCAGCCGACGGAGCCAAGGGUUCAGUGUUCCAGAACGAACCUGAAGAAACCACGCUCGAGAAGUAUGUGCGGAAGCAGAAAGAGCGCAAGGCUAAGCGGAAAGAAAGGGGGCAAGCUAUCAGAGAGGGCCGCGAUCCUGAUGCGAAACCCGUGUCAGAGGGCGAUGCACCGGCUGGGGCAGAUGAGGAAGACCCAUGGAACGACCCUUUCUUCGGCUCAGACCCCGAGGCGGAGAAGGCCUUGGAGAUCAAGUCAAACAAGGAGAAGAGGGCGAAAAAACGGGAAGAGCGUGAGAAGCAAGAGAAGGCCGACGCCGAAGAGCGCGCAAACUUGGAGCUGCUCAUGAUCGACGAGAAGGACUCAAAGGUGCAGCAUUUUGACAUGAACGAGGUCAUGAAGGCAGAAAAGGCGAAAAAGAAGGGCAAGAAAAACAAGAAGGCAGCCAAGGAAGUCCCGGCGGACAACUUCGAGAUGAACACCGACGAUCCUCGUUUCGCAAAGCUGUUUGAAAGCCAUGACUUUGCCAUCGACCCGACAAACCCUCGGUUCAAGGAGACGUCGGGAAUGAAAAAGUUGUUGGAAGAAGGCCGUAAGAAGAGGAAGCUGGACAGGGAGGAGGAUGAGCCAGAAGUGAAGAAACCUAAGAAAGAAGCAACGGGCGACCCGGAUGAUGUAAAGAAGCUGGCUGCUAGACUCAAAGCGAAAGCAAAGCGGUGAGCUCUUGACAUAGAAUUAUACCCAAUGUAUCAUUUUCAAUAGUGAGAGGGACUCGUGCGUACUGAGGUCGUUCCACGUCUCAACAAAUGCAAUCGAAAUAUGGA